AUGGCUUCUGAGAAAGUUGAGACUGUAGUUGCAAACUAUGUAGAAAUGGAAAGAGAUGAAUCAGAUGGAAGAAGAAAAUCAUCAGGCUCAGCCAAGACCAAAUUAUCAAACAUCUUUUGGCAUGGUGGCUCUGUUUAUGAUGCUUGGUUUAGUUGUGCUUCUAAUCAGGUUGCCCAAGUGCUUCUUACUCUGCCUUACUCAUUUUCGCAACUUGGCAUGUUAUCUGGGAUUAUAUUUCAACUGUUUUAUGGCCUAAUGGGGAGUUGGACCGCGUAUCUUAUAAGCGUGCUUUACGUCGAGUAUCGAACUCGAAAAGAGAGGGAGAAAGUUGAUUUUAGGAAUCAUGUAAUUCAGUGGUUUGAAGUUCUUGAUGGGCUGCUGGGUAAACACUGGAGAAACAUAGGCCUUUUUUUCAACUGCACUUUUCUUUUGUUUGGGUCUGUGAUUCAGCUCAUUGCAUGUGCAAGUAACAUCUACUAUAUAAAUGACAAUCUUGAUAAGAGGACUUGGACAUAUAUAUUUGGAGCUUGCUGUGCCACAACAGUGUUCAUCCCAUCUUUCCACAAUUACAGAAUUUGGUCAUUUUUAGGCCUUAUUAUGACUACUUACACAGCUUGGUAUUUAACCAUAGCUUCUCUUAUUCAUGGACAGGUUGAAGGAGUAAAGCACUCAGGGCCAGCCAAAAUAGUGCUCUACUUUACUGGGGCUACAAACAUUCUUUACACAUUUGGUGGGCAUGCUGUCACAGUGGAAAUAAUGCAUGCUAUGUGGAAGCCACAAAAAUUCAAGCUAAUAUAUUUGUUGGCAACAAUUUAUGUGCUAACACUAACACUCCCCUCAGCAAGUGCUGUUUAUUGGGCUUUUGGAGAUAUGCUUUUGAACAGAUCCAAUGCUUUAGCUUUGCUCCCAAGAACUAGAUUUAGAGAUACUGCUGUUGUACUCAUGCUCAUUCAUCAGUUCAUAACGUUCGGAUUUGCGUGCACGCCUUUAUACUUUGUCUGGGAGAAAUUUAUCGGCGUGCACAACACGAAAAGCUUGUUCAAACGUGCCCUAGCAAGAUUGCCGGUGGUUAUCCCGAUUUGGUUUCUAGCGAUUGUUUUUCCCUUUUUUGGGCCUAUAAACUCGACCGUUGGAUCACUUCUAGUUAGCUUCACGGUGUAUAUUAUUCCGGCCCUUGCGCAUAUGAUCACUUUCGCAUCCUCGACAGCCAGAGAGAAUGCUGUGGAAAGGCCUCCAAAAUUUGUUGGAGGUUGGGCUGGGCUUUACUCGAUGAAUCUAUUUGUUGUGGUAUGGGUUUUUAUUGUUGGGUUUGGAUUUGGAGGGUGGGCCAGCAUGGUCAACUUCAUCCACCAAAUUGACACAUUUGGACUAUUCACAAAGUGCUAUCAGUGCCCAAAACAUAAUUAA